UUGUGUGUCUCGCGGCUCCAGAACUGACUGAACCGCCGACGGGAGCGGAGCUCGUGCGUGGCGCGAUUGUCUGCUUAAAACAAAGUGAGAAAAAGAGACGUAAGAAAGUAAACGAACAAAUAAUAAAUUAAAAAAAAGAAAGAACUAGCGGUUACCACGUCGAAAAAGAGCAGCCUGGAUGGGGUUUACCGUCUCCCCCGUUUGAAGGGUUUCCUCGCCGAGUUUCCAGAGCACGGAAGGUGGCUGCGUUGUGAUCGCGUUGUUGACCGGACUCGCGAAUGUUUUCUCCCAGUCAGGAGGAGCACUGUGCCCCGAACAAGGACCCUGUGACCUACGGGCAGCUCGUCGUGCUGGGGUACAACGGGUCCCUCCCGAAUGGAGACCGCGGCCGCAGGAAGAGUCGGUUCUCGCUCUACAAGAGAGCCAAGGCCAACGGGGUGAAACCCAGCACUGUGCACGUCAUCAACACACCCCAGGCCAGCAAGGCGGUGAACUGCAAGGGGCAGCACAGCGUCUCGUACACGCUGUCUCGCAAUCAGACGGUGGUGGUGGAGUACUGUCACGACAAGGAGACGGACAUGUUCCAGAUUGGCAGGUCGACUGAGAGCCCGAUUGACUUUGUUGUGACGGACACGGUGUCGGGGGGGGCGGGGGGCGAGGAGACCCCCGUGACUCAGAGCACAAUCUCGCGGUUCGCGUGCCGUGUGGUGUGUGAGCGCAGCCCCCCCUACACUGCCAGGAUCUACGCAGCGGGGUUCGACACGUCCAGGAACAUCUUCCUCGGGGAGAAGGCUGCCAAGUGGAAGAAUCCGGACGGUCACAUGGACGGGUUGACGACCAAUGGGGUGCUGGUGAUGCACCCGAGGGGCGGGUUCACUGAGGAGUCCAAGCCGGGGGUGUGGCGAGAGAUCUCUGUGUGUGGAGACGUGCACACCCUGCGAGAGACGCGGUCCGCACAGACACGGGGCAAACUGGUGGAGAGCGAGAGCAAUGUGCUGCAGGACGGCUCGCUGGUGGACCUCUGUGGGGCCACGCUGCUGUGGCGCACGGCAGACGGGCUCUUCCACACGCCCACGCUGAAGCACAUCGAGGCUCUGCGGCAGGAGAUGAACGCGGCCCGGCCGCAGUGCCCCGUGGGGCUCAACACCCUGGCCUUCCCCAGCAUGCAGCGCAGCCGCGACCUGACAGCGCUCGAGGACAAGCAGCCCUGGGUCUACCUCUCCUGCGGCCACGUGCACGGCUACCACAACUGGGGCCAUCGCUCCGAGAGGGAGCCCAACGCCCUGCGGGAGUGCCCCAUGUGCCGGACUGUGGGCCCCUACGUGCCGCUGUGGCUCGGCUCUGAGCCUGCCUUCUACGUGGACUCUGGGGCCCCGACCCACGUCUUCGUGCCCUGCGGCCACGUGUGCUCGGAGAAGUCCGCCAAGUACUGGUCCGAAAUCCCCCUGCCCCACGGCACGCACGCCUUCCACGCAGCUUGCCCCUUCUGCGCCACACAGCUGGGGACCACGCAGGGCUGCGCGAAGCUCAUCUUCCAGGGACCCAUUGACUGAGGAGGGGAG